GAGGCGCGGCGGGGGCGGGGCCGCGCAGCCAUGUCGGAGGGGCCGGCGGGAAUGGCGGCGCCGGCGGCGAUGGCGGAGACGCGGCUGCGGCGGAAGCAGCUGCUGAGCGCGGAGGAGGCGGAGCUGUUCGAACUGGCGCAGGCGGCGGGCAGCGGGCUGGACCCGGAGGUGUUCCGGGUGCUGCUGGACCUGCUGCGCAUGAACGUGGCGCCGCUCGCCGUGUUCCAGGUGCUGAAGUCGAUGUGCGCCGGGCAGCGGCUCCCGCCGGCGGCCGAGAGCGGCCCCGCCGCGCCGAUCCCCGCCGACGGCCGAGGGAGAAAUAAAACCAGCUCUGCUGUCAGUGGGUCACAGAUGCUGGCCGAAAGAAGCAGCCGGGAAGGAUCUGCCCAGAGGAUGCCCCGACAGCCGAGCGCGAGCCGCGUGCAGAAGGCAGGAACCUCUGGGAAGAGCAGUGGGGGAGGCAACAGUACCUAAAAAAGGCCUUAGAACGGGUGGGUGGAUUUCAAUGCUUGUAUAUAUGCUUUCAAUGUGUAUAAAUUGUGCUUGUUAAAGCUGCUGGUGUUGUAUGUAUUAAAGUAAAACCACGAUUUGUAAUACAGGAAA